AUGAAGGAAACCUCAACUAACCCCAAACCCUCGUAUACAGAUCGAAUACGCUCAUGGGCUAGAACACACGCGCACCAAGGUUCGAGGCGACCUAGCAACACUCUCCCAGUAGCCAACAACUCGGGAGCUUCAUCAGCAGAAGAGAAACAUGUCAGUCGAAACGGCUCCAGCGGCAAUCCAGCUGUCCCCAAUACCACCGGUCACAACCCUGCCGCAAAGGAUACCGACAAUGCCGCCAAGCCAGUCGGUGCGGCAUCUGAAGCUGAGGGGACGGGGACUGUCGUGAACCAGGAUGGCGCCCCUCAGAAGAAACCUAAUGUUGCUGUUCGAUUUUGGUUGAACACCAAGAAGUCGCUUUGCCACAGCUGGGUCAACGUACUUCUCGUCUUCGUCCCUGUCGGUAUCGCCGUCUCACAGGUCCCCAACCUGUCACCCGCCGUCGUCUUCGCCAUGAACGCCAUUGCCAUCAUCCCUCUGGCUGGCCUCCUCAGCCAUGCGACCGAGUCCGUGGCGCGAAAGCUCGGCGAUGCGAUUGGCGCUCUGCUCAACGUCACCUUCGGUAACGCUGUUGAGCUGAUCAUUUUCAUCAUUGCCUUGGUCAAGAAUGAGAUUCGAAUCGUCCAAGCCUCCCUUUUGGGGUCCAUCUUGGCCAAUUUACUUCUCAUUCUUGGUAUGGCAUUCUUCCUAGGUGGUCUUCGAUACCGCGAGCAGAUCUACAACAGCACCGUCACCCAGAUGAGCGCUUGCCUUCUCAGUCUGAGUGUCAUCAGUUUGGUACUGCCCACGGCGUUUCACGCAUCAUUCAGCAAUGAUGCCAAGGCUGAUGAGCAAUCUCUCAAGAUCAGCCGGGGCACCAGUGUCAUAUUGCUCUUGGUGUAUGGUAUUUACCUCUUGUUCCAGCUCAAGUCACACGCCUACAUGUAUGAGUCAACUCCUCAGCACAUUAUUGAUGAGGAGUCUACACCGGGCCCUGCCGCUGCCUGGCUUGACAGCUCUACUAUUGUCAUGCUUCUUAUUUCAACAGCUCUCGUCGCUGUGUGUGCCGAGUUCAUGGUCGACUCCAUUGAGGGGCUUGUCGAGAGUAGUCCUCUAGGUGAAAUCUUCAUUGGUCUCAUCAUUCUGCCCAUCGUUGGCAAUGCCGCCGAGCACGUCACAGCUGUCACGGUUGCCAUGAAGAACAAGAUGGAUCUCUGCAUCGGAGUGGCCCUGGGUAGUUCGAUUCAGAUUGCCAUUUUUGUCACCCCGCUUGUGGUUAUCCUUGGGUGGAUCAUGGACCGCGAAAUGACCCUCUACUUUACGCUGUUCGAAACGGUGUGUCUAUUCGUGUCGACCUUCAUCGUCAACUUUCUCGUGCUGGAUGGUAGGAGCAACUACCUCGAGGGUGCUCUCUUGUGUGCCACAUACGUUAUCAUCGGUGUGGUAGCAUUCUUCUACCCGGAAGGAAGUGAUGCAAAUGACUGGGGAAGUUGA